AUGCCCUAUAUCACCGAAGUUAUGAUAUUUUGUCUCGUUUUAGGUGACGCAGUCAGAAGUGCUUUCAUGGUUGAUAUCAAAGAAGACCAGACCAUAUCACAUCUCAAGAAGCUAAUAAAGGAAGAGAAAAAAAAUGCCUUUGGAAAUAUUGAUGCCAAUGACAUUAUGCUUUGGAAAGUUGAUGCUGAUAUUAAUAUAGAACAAGAACUUGGAGGCAUGAUGUUGCUCCCAUCUAAUACUAUAAAACAAUGUUUUCGCAAUAUUUUUGAUAAAAAAUUAUAUCCUCUUCCCGCACUUCAAUCUACAUCUGGAGAAGGAAAAUCUUUCUUUCUUGACGAGUUGACCUCUUUGAAAAGUGAAGAUCUUGAUCGUUAUUUAAAAAUAAAACUUUUUGAUUUGGAAAAGGAGCAAGGAAGUGGCAAAAGGCAACAGUAUACUAAGGAUAUUGUAGAUUUAUUGCAUAACUCUGUUGGAAUUUGUAUCACAUAUAAUGGAGGUUCACCAUAUGGAUAUGAUAUAGAUGAAGAUCUUCGAAGGAGAUUAGUCAUGCGCAUCUUGUGGAGUUACUUUUUCGAUGAGAAUAAACCCAUUAAUUGGAUACCAUUAAGAAGACUUGCUCUUUCUGAGUCAGUAGAAUUAUUUCAUGAAAUCACAAAAAGUUUAAAUGACCGUAGAUUAUUCAUCAUUAAAAAAUGUAUUGCAGAUUGUAAUGGCCAUCCGAGAAUUCUCGAGAAAUUUUAUCAACUUUUACAUGAUAAUAUAGCCUUGAAUACUAAUGUUUAUAGUUCUCUUAUUGAAUAUUUGGCAAAAAAUCUUGACUCACUAUUUGGAAAAAUAAUAUUCUUGAUAUGUGAAAUAAAAACUACUUUGGGAACAUCAACUUUGAGAGAUCUCAUUUUCUCCAGAAUUUAUAUUAAUUCACUUACUGAUAAUAAUGAAACUUUCAAUAUCAUCCCAACUUUAUUACCAGUUAGCCUUCAAUAUUUUUGCAUGUUUAGCAAAAAUGAUGUAAACGAUAAUGCAAAAACUGUUGCUAAAAUAUUACGAGACCUAUUGACUACAGAGUACUUUUUUGAUAACAAAGUAAUGGAUGAGAAGCCAUUUGAAAGAUUUCAUGCUAAUUGGGAGUUGCUUUACUGUGCACUUCGUGAUGAUGAAAAGGAAGUGAAUCUUUACAAGAUUUACGUUGAAGAUACCGGUUAUAUUGCUAUCAAUAUUGAAUACAAGUUUUCUUAUCCAGGCAGAAUAAUCAAACUCUCAAAUAAUGAAAUUAAGAAAAAAUAUGAACAUACAAAAAAUAUAUAUUAUAACCAUGUAAGAUAUGAAUGGCAGAAAAUUAGAAAUUCUCCUAUAAACUGGGAAGAAGGAAAAUUUUAUGAUAGAUCUGCCAUAGGUAAACUUAAAAUGACCAUUGAUAAUGUUUACUUGGUUUUCAUAGCCUGGAGAGACGUAGAACCUCUUGAUAAUGAAAUAAAAAAUAAUAAAAACAUAAUUAUUGUUAAAAGAGAAAAUUUAAAAGAAAUUUAUACACCAUCACUUGUAACACGUCCACAUUUCUAUAAUGACAUAGUCGAACAAAUCAAAAUAUGA